AUGCUGACCCGUCAUAUAAAAGCCGGUUCCCGGCUCAUCCCGUCGGUUUCAUUCCGAUUCCGUUUAGUUAUUGCAAGUUAUUCGGAACAGAAAGCGCAUAAUACCAAACAGGACGAAUCGGUAACCCAUUUUGGAUUUGAAACUGUGAAGGAAAGCGAGAAGUGGCAAAAGGUGCACAAAGUUUUCGAACAAGUAGCGUCGUCCUAUGAUCUUAUGAAUGAUGCCAUGUCGCUUGGAAUCCAUCGGGUGUGGAAAGACAUGUUCAUUGAGCGAUUAGCGCCGAUUGGCGGAGGCAACCGGUUGUUGGAUAUGGCCGGUGGAACGGGAGAUAUCGCAUUUCGCUAUUUGAAGUACCUCAACAACCUGUCUCCUCAAGACAGUGCAGUUACCAACCACGUUACAGUAUCGGAUAUCAAUCAGAACAUGCUGGAUGUGG